GACGGAUGAUUAUGCAUGAAGGGCAAAUGUAUUAUUGUAAGCACUUUGCGAAAUUUUCAGCAGAAUGACUUCAUUAUGACCGCAUUGUUUUCUACGUUUGCGAAUAAAUGCUUUUUGGCCCGCCUCGACUCCCGUCGUAUAUUCCGCUCAGUGCAGAGUGCGAUGGAAAGGUCUUUAACCUGUUGGUUUUGAGGAUCAUUACAUGGUAUCUAGCUGCUAUCAUCUGGAACUGGCAAAGAUAAACACUUAUAAGGUUCACUUUAUGGCCCCAGCUUGGUUUUUGUCUAUGUGCUGAUCAAUAGAAAAGCAUUUUCAAGUCGCGGUAAUUCAUGGUCGGGUCCCAUGGACGGGGCAGCCCCAGAUGAGGUGUACUUCGUGGGGGUGGACGUGGGCACCGCGGGGGUCCGGGCGGCCCUGGUGACCAGAGACGGCCGGCUGGAGACCACAUGCGAGGAGCCCAUCAGCAUCUGGGAGCCCCAGGUCGACCACUACGUCCAGUCCUCCACCGAGAUAUGGGAAAAGUGCUGUGAGCUUGUGAAGAGGUUGACCCAGGGUGUCGACAAGAGCCAGGUACGGGGAAUUGGGUUCGACGCCACCUGCUCUCUGGUCGUGUUGGACAGGGACUUCCAGCCUGUGCCUGUCAACAAGAACGGGCAGCAGCAGCACAACGUGGUGAUGUGGAUGGACCAUCGCGCCCAGCAGCAGGCCACCCGCAUCACCAGCACCGGCCACCGGGCCCUGGGCCGCAUGGGUGGGGUCAUGUCCCCCGAGAUGCAGGCCCCCAAGCUGCUGUGGCUCAAAGAGAACCUGAGGGAAAGCUGCUGGGCGGAGGCGGGUCAUUUCCUGGACCUUCCUGACUUCCUGUCCUUUAAAGCCACCGGCUCCCUGACCAGGUCUCUGUGCACUCUGGUGUGUAAGUGGAGCUACUGUCCGUCCGGCGGAUGGGACCGAAGCUUCUGGACAGACAUCGGCCUGGAGGACCUCCUAGAAGAUAACUACAGCAAGAUAGGUAACCAGACCAGCGCCCCCGGGCUCCCAGUCGGUGGGGGUCUCUCCCUGCAGGCCGCAGCUGAUCUGGGCCUGAAUCCCGGGACCGCCGUGGGCGCCUCCCUGAUCGACGCCCACGCUGGAGGACUAGGAGUGAUCGGUGCCGAUGUGAAGGGCCUUUACCUGCCGUGUGAAGACCGGCCCCUCACCACAAGGAUGGCCCUGAUCUGUGGAACGUCCUCCUGUCACAUGGCGAUCAGCGCGGGGCCCUUGUUUGUUCCUGGUGUGUGGGGCCCCUACCUGUCAGCCAUGGUGCCCGACCUUUGGCUCAACGAGGGGGGGCAGAGUGCCACCGGACGCUUGAUGGACCACAUGGUGAAGGGUCACGCAGCCUUCGCCCAGCUCCAGGAACUCUCACACCAGAGAUUCCCCCACACUGGUGAACACGUGUACUCCUACCUGAACGCCCACCUGGGCUCCAUGACCGAGGCCCGCGCCUCCCCUGUCGACCUGCUGGGCUCCUCUCUCCAUGUGUGGCCGGACUUCCACGGGAACAGGUCACCACUGGCGGACCCCAAUUUGCGGGGAAUGGUGAUCGGCCUGUCACUCUCCCAGACCGUGGAUGACCUGGCUCUGCUGUAUCUGGCCACUCUACAAGCUCUUGCUCUCGGCACGCGGCACAUCCUGGAGACAAUGACCAAGGCAGGACAUGACAUCACAACCCUCUUCCUGUGCGGGGGGUUGAGCAAAAAUCCUCUUUUUGUGCAGAUUCAUGCCAACACCACGGGACUUCCUCUGGUUCUUCCCCAUCAGACAGAGGCUGUCUUGGUUGGAGCUGCAAUCCUCGGUGCAUGUGCAUCGCAAGAGUACACAACUAUACAGGACGCGAUGAAGAUCAUGGCCAAAGUUGGAGAAGUCGUUUGGCCUAAGCAGGAGCUAAGGAGUUUCUAUGAGAGAAAGUACCGGGUGUUCUUAAGCCUCGUCGACCACCAGAGGGAGUAUAAGGCUAUCAUGGAGAGCUGAAGAAAAUAACACGCUUCAUUUAGAAUUACCCCCAGACUUUAAUACUUUGUGAAUAUCACAGCUUUACAAUUGUGAGUAUUGCACAGGUUGAAUAUGCCCUGUAUCAACAAAAGAGGAUUCUGGAAGCACAAGAAGAAACCAAUGAAAGAACAAGAAGAUGUCGAUGUCUUGAAGGGACAAUCUGUGUUAAUUUGCCUGUUUGGCAAAUCGUAUCAUAGCAAAGGGCCAAAUGUGAAGCUUGUUUUCACAGUUAAUAAUAAAGCCUGUUCAACAUAUUGUUAUUACACAGUUGAUUGAAUGAUUCCUCCUAAAGUUGAGAGGGUAGCAAACGUUUUCCUGGGUAAAGUAGGAAAGGAUACAAUGGAGCCUGACAACAGCCAACGACAAAUUACAAAUUACAUCGAACAAGAUAACAGAAAAAUAAACCCUGGAAUUGAAUAGCGGAUCAAUGUUAGACAUUUUAUAGAAAUGACAAAGUGUUUUAACCUUCAUUAUUCCUUAAUCACCUUACCUCCUCACCUUAACUCCACUGGUGUGCUCAAACAUGGGUGGAAAAAGAACAUUUAAAUGCAUCCACAUUCCUCAAAGGUAGAACUAGUUUGGUCUUCUGUGCUGGUCAUAACCCAUGAAUGAGAUGCGUCCUUAAUGAUUAGGAUGGUAGGCCUAUGAACUACCAGCUAUAGUGCAAUAACUGGUGUAUUCCAAUAAACCCAUGCAGGGCCUCCUUCAUAUGAGGUAGGAAUUUGGUAUCUCUUGGUAAUGGACUGACACAGGUUUCAAUCAACUCACCGGGGCAUGGGUAGUAGACUAAAGUAGUAAGGUAACGUCCCCUACCCCGUGCCCUGGUAGGAACAGACCCAUAAUUAGUGUUAUGAACUACAAAAGGUCCCCUACU